CUAUAUGCCGAUGAUCGCAGCGUACCUGCCGUCCGGGACGACCAUACGUAUCAUGGAACAUUACUACGAGGUGGCAAGGACGGGUAAAUUUCGCCCCCUCGGCUACGGCACGGGCGACCCGAACCCCGGACCAGAAUACAACAUCAGCGCCAUCACGGCGCCGGUCGCACUGUACUACUCGGAAAAUGAUUACUUCGUCCACCCGCCGGAUGUGGACCGGCUGGCCGCCGAGCU